AUAAACUCAUGCUUGAUGCUGGUGGCCAUGGCGAAUGUACUUUCAUAGUAUUUACACGUAUGUAACUGGCUUUUAGUCGGUUUUCGAAACUUGCAGAUUUGCAGAAUAUCUCUAAGGUUGCAUGCAGCACAGACCUACCAGAUAUCAUCAGCUGAUUUGUCAGUAGUCAUGCUGCCUCUGAAGGAGAAGGACCGGCCCAUCAUCCAGAAGCUGCUGGAUGCUGGCUGCUGUGGCCGCUGUAUCCUGAGAUUCUGCUGUAUUGGAACCCAGUCUGCAUAUCGACUGUCCAAUGAGGACCUAUGGAAGGACCUGCAUGCUUUCGUCAGCAACACAGAAGUUGCCUCCCAGACGCCUUCAGAUGACCCUCCCUCCAAAAGAAUAAAGUUGGAUUCGGACGGCAAGGCAGAUGGAGGCGAGACUGAGGGGGUUCCCAUGGUAACAGCAGAACCGACGGCAGACGGCACAGAGUCCUCUGUAUGUGUGGUGUGUUUGGGGGUGCUACAAGACUUUUGCAACCCCAGCUUCACCAAAAAGAUUUCAGAAGUUGUGAAAUCUGAAGAGUAUCAAUUUGAGAGCCUGGUGCUAUCCGUGUCACUUCCGGCCCAGCUGUUGGUCAGAGAGCACUCCUGCUGGCUCCACAUUAAAAAGGAAGUAAGAGAAAAGAGCAUGUGUCUGGACAAAGAAGAUGUCAUCCAAGUAAAGGAGGCCUUCAAAUGGACCGUGCAGAGUAUGCUGUCCGAAACACUGGGGGUUCCCGCGGUGAUGAAGAGUCCAUUUGAGGUGGCAGUUGGAUUCAUCCACCCAGACACAGAUGCUGACUGCCACUUUCUGGCAGAAGCUUGCUCUGACUGUUUCCAUACAUCGAAAAACAAAGAGAGGUCUGUUUUUACCAGAAUGGCUGUGGUGAAGGCCUUGGAGAAGAUAACUGAUAAGAAAUUCCUCAACGAGUACCCUAGCCCUCCUGCAGGAGUAAAGACUGCAUGCGUAGCUCAAGAAACAACAUGUCUGCACCUGUCUACCUAUGUGGCUGGGCGAUACAACAAGUUCUCGCGGACGCUGCCGCAGACGCCGUGGGUGAUCGACGGCGAGAGGAGGAUGGAGUCCUCGGUGGAGGAGCUGAUUGCUGCGCCCCUCCUGACUGCCUUCAAGUGCGAGAGUUUUAACUUCUCCUCGUCAGGAAGGGAAGAUGUGGACGUCAGGACCCUGGGGAAUGGGCGGCCAUUCGCUAUGGAGCUGCUGAACCCACACCGAUUAAAAUUCAACAAAAUGGAGGUCCGCCAGCUACAAGAGGAAAUAAACCAGUCUUCAGAUAAGAUCCGCAUCCGAGACCUCCAGUUGGUAACCAGAGAAGCAAUGGGUCACAUGAAGGAAGGAGAGGAAGACAAGACCAAGUCCUACAGCGCCCUCAUCUGGAGCCAGAAGGCCAUAACCGAAGAGGACAUCGAGUUCAUCGGCAACAUAAAGGAUCUGGAGAUUGCUCAGAAGACGCCACUGAGGGUCCUGCACCGGAGGCCACUGGCGGUGCGUCAGCGCGUCAUCCACACCAUGAGCACCAGCCACCUAAACCCACACCACUUCACCCUGCAGCUCAGGACACAGGCUGGCACAUACAUAAAGGAGUUUGUGCACGGAGACUUUGGCCGCACCAAGCCCAACCUGGGGGAGCUCAUGAAGACGGAGGUGGACAUCCUGGAGCUGGACGUAGAGUCAGUCGACGUGGACUGGCCUCCUGCCAUCCCAGAAUAAUCUCUCGGAAUUCUGACCAUAUAUGGCAGACAGCGAGGAACCCUGCAUAUCAUCCAGCUCUUCCAGGCAAGCACAGUGAAGGGAAUCAACAGUACGGACAACAUGGGCGACUUCAUUUCAAAUACACGGAUGGGACAGAACCCAGUAGAUGAGUCAAGCCCAUCUUAUAUGGCAAGCACUGUCACUGUAGUCCUGGUAGUCAUGGUGAUAGACAUUCAGUGACACUUAGCUUAGUGAUGGCAGCUAAGUAUUAGUUACAACAUGGUUAAUAAAUAAUGUUUUUUCUUUCCUCAGUGUGAGAACAGUGUUUUGUACAGUCCCGAUCGUCUGCUGGAAAAACACCUUUUUCUGUUUGUUUGGAUGAUUUACGUUUCUGUCCAACCUGCAUGUGCGUGAAACACAAACAUGUUAUCGAAUUAGGUCGCAUCCAAUAAAGAGGUUAUUUUCCACCCAA